CGUCCGGCCCCGGGGUAGCGGGCGGGAGGCGGAGGCGCCGCGUAGGCCGGGAGGCCGGGCCGCCUGGCGGCGAGUGCCACCCCAUGCGCCGCCGCCGCCGCCCCCGCGAUGUUCCCCUCCCGGAGGAAAGCUGCCGCGCUGCCCUGGGAGGACGGCAGGCCCAGGCUACUUCUCUGUGGACUCCCACGAAAGUGCUCCAUCUUCCACCUCUUCGUGGCCAUCCUUCUCCUGGGCCUCCUCUCGCUGCUCUGGCUCCAGCUCAGCUGCUCUGGGGACGUGGCACGGGCACCCAAGGGAGCAGAGCAGGAGACCCUGGGGCCCCCCCGGGCCUGCCCUCCAGAGGUUCCCCCUGAGCACUGGGAGGAAGAUCCAUCCUGGGGUCCCCAUCGCCUGGCAGUGCUGGUCCCCUUUAGAGAACGCUUUGAGGAGCUGAUGGUCUUUGUGCCACACCUGCAUCGCUUCCUGAGCCAGAAGAAAAUCCCACACCACAUCUAUGUGCUCAACCAGGUCGACCAUUUUCGGUUCAACCGGGCAGCCCUCAUUAAUGUUGGAUUCCUGGAGAGUAGCAACAGCAGUGACUACAUCGCCAUGCAUGAUGUGGACUUGCUGCCCCUCAAUGAGGACCUGGACUACAGCUUCCCUGAGGCAGGGCCCUUCCAUGUGGCUGCUCCUGACCUGCAUCCUCUCUACCACUACCCCACCUAUGUGGGCGGCAUCCUGGUGCUCUCCAAACGCCAUUUCCAGUUGUGCAAUGGGAUGUCCAACCGCUUCUGGGGCUGGGGCCGCGAGGAUGACGAGUUCUACCGGCGCAUUAAAGGAGCUGGGCUUAAGCUCUUCCGCCCAAUGGGGAUCAACACCGGCUACCAGACCUUCCGCCACCUGCAUGACCCAGCCUGGCGCAAAAGAGACCAGAAGCGAACAGCGGCUCAAAAGCAGGAGCAAUUUAAGGUGGACCUGGAAGGAGGCCUGAGCACGGUCAAGUACCAAGUGGAUAUGCGCACUUCACUGUUGGUGGGCGGCGCCCCCUGCACGGUCCUCAACAUCCGCCUGGACUGUGACAAGGCCGCCACCCCCUGGUGCACUUUGGGCUAAGUGCACGGACCUGCUGGGGCCCAAGCACAAGGAGGAGUCCGGACAGCGCCCAG